UCCUGGGCAAAUAAGUUAAUUCCAACAAUAAUAAAAAAAUAUACUCACACAAUUUACCGGCGAAAACAAGCGAGGAUCGUUUAAAAUGAUGAUAGGUGAUGCCGAGAAAUAAAUAUUAGAAUUUAGGUCAGUGUUGGAACAACCAAGAAUAACAUCAAGUGUGAUUUGGGCAUAAUUUUGUAUCUUGAAAUAAUGCCACAUUGCAAAUUAUACAAAUUAAAAUCACUCUUGCAAACGGCAGAUUUUUGUAGAUACAUGCUUUUAGAUGCGUUUGAUUACACGAAGCUACGGUUUUGUAACAGCUACAGAAAUGAACCAUUUGACUGGAAAUACAUGCUGUGAAACGAAACUAAUCAUGUGAUGUGUAUCUUGUGUGUUUUCCAAGUAAAGAUAUAUUGACCGUUUCCUGUUUGUUAUCUGAGGGUUUGGGGUAUUCCCACAUGUGCCCAAGAAGAAAGGAAGACAAAGUAUUAUUCUGCAAAAUAUAACGCAACCAAAAGUUUGUAGAUACCUUGAAAUACCUUCGACCACUAACAAUUCUUGGAAGACAGCAUGGGAGCCAACUACCAUUGUAGUCGACCACGUUUUCUUAGGAUGACUUUACCAUUAAUUCUGUUUCCUGUAAUGUUGUUUCUGCUUGCAAGUGCUGAGAAAUACAUUGGGGUGCCAAAAUUCAGAUAUUUGGAACCAUAUUUAAUGGAAAUUACUUAUAAAAAGGGUGUUAACCACACCCUUUAUGUAUGUUGUAAAUCAUUAGUUUCAUAUCCAUCCUUUUUCCCGUUUGUGUGUCCUGGUAUACAAAAAUGCCCUAAAUAUUACCCAUUGUCGUCAUGUGAAACAAGAGGACAAAAAGUUCGUUGUGAGAUUGGACAUGUUGAAGACAAAACAGAAGUUAAAGCUUAUGUUGUUUAUAAAAAAGGAAAUAUAAGUUUAUCGUCAAGUAAAAUUGCAUCACACAUUACAAAUAAAUCAGAGCGUGUUCCGAAUUCAGUGGCUAACUUGUCAGUGACAACGAAUAAAGAUCAAGGCCUAAAUCUUAAAUGGUCUCCUCUUAGCAUAUGGAAGAUAACUUUUCUUCAAGAACAUACUUAUAUUGCGGAAUGCCAACCUCUUAACAAUAACAGAGCUAAGGCUGUUCGUGAAAGUGUUAUGAAAGUCUCUAAACUCACCAUCAGUUCAAGAAACGUAACAGCAAUAACAAAGUAUAGAUGUUGUGUUCUGGUUGAAAAUGUGGUCACCAGUUUGGUGUCAGAGCCUUUGUGCCAAAAUAUUACCACAACAGAGAGAGCCCCAAGUUCCAGCCCUGUAAUUCUUUGCAGUGGUCAUGGUAGCAAACAAUGCCCUUCCAAAGUUCAAGGAGGAAAACGAAACAUAACAGUGCUAUUUAAGCUUCCAAGCCCUGAAGAUCAGAAUGGAAAAAUAGUUCGAAGUGAAGUUUAUUACAGGAAAACAACAUCUGCUAAUUUUACCAAACUCAUCAUCAAUGGUUCAAUGACAGAAGCUGUGAUUAGAAAGGCAGAUACUAAUGCAAGCUAUGAAGUAUUCAUAAAGUCCUGUACAAAUAUUGGCUGCAGUCCAAUCAGCAAUACUACCUUCAUUCCUUCAAUUAACAUGUUAAUUGAAGAGAGAAGUCAUCAAUUUCCUGUUCCGAUUAUUGCUGUUUCAACUGCCGCAAUCAUAUUGCUUCUCCUUGCAUUAAUAUAUUGUUCCAUAAGACACCAAAACCAGCUAAGAUUGAAAACUCUUCCUAAUCUAAAACCGCAAACCGAUCUGGAAUAUGAAUACCCUAAAAGUAAAGAUGGGGACAUCCAAGAAUACCAUGAACUGGCCACUUUCAAAGUUACUAUAGAUGGCAAACAAGUUGACGCUAUUAUCCUUGCGAAUAGUGCUGCACUUGCCGCUGACAAUAACAAUGUGUAAUUCCUCGAGUUUACUGUGACAUUCUCCAAAAAACACAGUUUCCCAAGCGGUGAUAAACAUGGCGUCUAACCCGUACAAUGAAACAGCAACCACGGUUUGUUCACCUUCCAACAGUGAACAAUGUCAGCAUUCGGUUGUAAAAAAAAAAUAAACCUUAUUAUUCCAGAGAAUCAAAACCUGUCAACGUUGAGAAACGGGAGUGGCUUUUGCCUCAAAAAUGAUUGAUAUUUAUAAUAUUGAUGUACAAAUUGCAAUAAACUGUUUUUC